UCCGUUAAAACACUUACUUUUUCAAUACUGUCACUAGAACAGAACACAACAUGAAACCAGUACAAAAAAAUUACUUCAGUUGGAAACAUUUGUGCAUUUGAGCGGAUAGUUUUUAUCUUCAUUGUUUUUUACCUUCUAAUAACUCAGUGCGUUUUUUUUUUGCGUGUGUACUUCCGCGUACAAUGUUUUUUUCCCACUGACACACGACAACUUUCCAACAGGAAACCUAUCAGACGCUUCGACUGUCGUUUUCUCUGUAUUUAAGGCAGGGCGUGUUUGGGGCUCAUAGCUCUAACCCAGCCAUGAGCAUCAUAGGGGCAGAGGAUGAGGAUUUUGAGAACGAUCUGACUGAUGUGGCCGAUGAUCAGUGCACAGCCUUCAACAAUAUAGAAAGCUUGAAGGAUCGGCCGACCCACCUGCUGGUCUUCCUGCAACAUGUCAUUCUACAGUUUGACCCCGCUCCCCUGCUGUGUUACCUCCAUGCUGAACUCUUCAAGAACCUCAGUGCCAAAGAGACCAAGAAGCAAUUUGUGGAGUUUAACAACACUUUCUUGGACAAGGGUGCAGUUCUCAGAGUUGCAACACCUGCCAAUAUAUGCUAUGAACUUGACCGAACACGUCCAGAUCUGCUCACUGAGGACACUCAAAGGCGUUUCGCUCAGGAUAUUCAGAUUCUGCAGGCAUCUGAAGUGGCCAAACAGCUGGAAGAUUUCAGGCAGAAGAGGAUGAUGGGUAUGACCCCCAACGAGGCUGAGCUCAUUGAUGUGGACAACCACUAUCCCACUGACCGCAUCCCCAUGGAGAUGAAGGAGAAGUCUGUAGCAGAGAACCUGCUGGACAAGAUGUCUGAAACACAACCUUCUAUCGUCUCAGACGAGGAGAAAUGCCAAUCCAUCUUUUCAGCGGUGGUCUUCUACAUGAAGCACCUCGGUGUGAAAACCCGAGCAGUUGACAGUAAAAAGUCCAGAGGGGGCUUCUUCAGGAGCAAACUGGCAAAGAACAAGAAGGACGAACCCUCAAAGACUAAGCCGAGAGGAGGGUUUCCAAUCCCCAGCUGGAUUGCAGGAAACACUGAGGUCAAACCUAAAACGGAGGCUGAAGCUGAAAAGGAGAAGGUGAAUCCCGAACGUAAGGGUCUGGCUCCGGGCAGAGGAUCCUUGACCGAAUCUGUGGUCCCUUCCCUCCCAAGCAAGAAAUCUAUAUCCAGCGGAAGCCCCGCCUUCCUGCCGGGGUUAGAGAUCAGUGACGGGUCGGGCAACAACAUCAUCUCUGCCAACAGCCCUGAGUCUUCAAACACGGAUGGCCUGUCCAGCAAUCGUUUAGAGCCUCCAACCCUGUCAGACGGGGGUGAUGUGUCACCAGUUGGUCUGGCUGGAGGCCUGAACAUCGGAGAGCCUUUCUCAACCGGUGACACUCCCACAGAGGAGAACCUGGAGAAAGAAAGAAGGAAGAGUAGGAAAGUGGGGCGUAGCGAGAGUGCCCGUAUGGACCGGCACUCCUCUCGGCGCCGUGGCUCUUCCCGGGCCAAACAGUCUCGCUCCCGUAGCGAUGUGGACCUCCAGCCGCCAUCUGCCACGACAACAACACCUACCCCGCUUACCCCCCAGCACCUCCGUCCUUACGAUGGACCACUUUUAAAUCCUGAAGGGCCUGGACACUCCCCCACCAGCCCCUCCCCUCAGCUGGAGGAGAUGGAGCCCCGUCUCCUGGAGUUCGAGCAGGACCCUCCCAACUGGAGAGAGCUGGCCUCCCCUGACGCCCUAACUCGUCUCAGCAAGAAGGAGACCAAGAGGCAGGAGAUCAUUAACGAGUUGUAUGCCACUGAGCACGCCCAUGUGCGGAUGCUAAGUGUCCUGCAGAUGAUUUUCUCCAGGCCUUUGGAGAGAGAGCAGCUCCUGACCUCCACUGAGCUGGCUGCCAUCUUCCCUAAUCUGGAUGAGAUCAUUGAAAUGCAUUAUAACUUCUACGAGAGCCUGAAGAAACUGCGUUUGGAUGAGAGCUUCAUAGUGAAAUCCAUCAGCACCACAAUGCUCAGCAGAUUUGAAGGCCCAGAGGGGGAGUGGUUCCAGAAACUGACAGCUCGGUUCUGCAGUCACCAGUCGUGGGCCUUGGACCAGAUCAAGAGCAGGCAGAAGAGGGAGCCACGCUUCAACUCCUUUAUACUGGAGGCAGAGAGUAAGCCCCAGUGCCGCAGGCUGCAGCUCAAGGACAUCAUUCCCAUAGAGAUGCAGAGACUGACCAAGUACCCGUUACUGCUGGACAAUAUUGCCAAGAACACAGAGGACGUGGUGGAGAAAGAGAGGAUCAAGCAGAGCGCAGAGUGCUGCAAAAAGAUCCUCAACCAUGUCAACGAGGAGGUCAAAGAGAUGGAGAACCUAUUGACUCUGAAGGACUACCAGCGCAGAUUGGACACAUCAGGGCUCAAACCGAGUAAUGAGCUUUACACUGAAUAUAAGUUCAUUGACCUGACCCAGAAGAAGAUGCUGUAUGAAGGCCCUCUGACCUGGAGAGUCACAAAGGAGAAAACAAUUGAGGUGCAGUGCGUGUUGCUCGGGGACCUGCUCGUGCUGCUGCAGAGGCAAGACGACAAAAUGGUCCUCAAAUGCCAGAGUAAAAGCAACAUCGCUGUUCAGGAGGGCAAGCAAAUGCUGAGCCCCAUCAUCAAGUUGGACUCAGUCUUCCUUCGGGAUGUGGCCACAGAUCGAAAGGCCUUCUAUGUCAUAUUUACCUGGGACAGCGGCGCUCAGAUCUAUGAACUGGUGACUCAGUCUCUUGGAGAAAAAAAGAUCUGGACUGAAGUGAUUAAAGAAGCAGUGGAUGAUCUGAAGAAGAGCGGAGCGCCCAUGAGGUUGCCGUUGCCUCUUGGAGCUGCAGGAGCUCCCUUCAGUCCCUCCUCACUGACAGCCCCUUUGAGCCCGACUGAGAAUGGAGGUCCAAAAAGCAGCAGUGAUAGAGAUAAAGACAGCCUGACAGAUGACAAACCUGCAGACCACCCACACCAACUGAUUGAUUUCCUGUCAGACAAAGGCUUUGACUUGAUAGGCCACACUAACAGUGAACAGGUGAAGGUGGCAACCGGCGCUCUGGAUGAAGUGAUGUCGCUCAAAAGGCUGCUGAUCGGCAGUAUCAGCCUAUCAGAAGACUCGCAGCUGGAUGCAGAAAACGGAGAGGACCAAUCAGAGAGGCCCAGCCAAGAAUCAGAUCGCUGUCGGUCAACAGAAGACAGCCGGACCACUGACAGUGUAGUGGAGGAGGAGAACGAGAACUCCUGCGAAGGAGAAGGUGCAGCGAUGAGAGGAGAGGAGGAGAGGAACAUCAGCGCACCCCUGGUGCUGUCCCAGGGGACGAUGGAGGAAGUGUGCAGGAGGAUCGACAGUCUGCAGGAAAAAAUAAAAAGCCUACAGACUGUAGAGGAGGAGCACCACAGACUGCAGGAGGCCCUUUCCACAUUCUCUCUGGAGUGGAGAAACUUCCAGUAAGACACCAUCACGCCACCUGCUGGCCUUCAGAUUUUUACUGGUGCUGGUUUGAAGUGCAAGACUUCCUUUCAGUGGCUCACCUGGAAAAUUCCUAAACCCUCAUGCCUGGACCUCUUGCCACCUUAGGGCGGCUUUGUGCACAGUGCAGUGGUUCAGUGAUGGAACAUGGGGAGGUGUGUGCAGGUGUAAGUUGCAUAUGAUUGCGUGCAUGCUAUAGAUAGAGAGGUAUACAUAAAAACGGGACCUCCUACUUUUGAGUGGGGGGUUGCUUUUUGCGGAGAGAGGUGCCAAAAAAACAAACAAAAACAAAGCAAUAUGUUGCUGUGAGAGGGAUGCUGCCUAACAACUGUAAUGAUUGUGAUCUGCUGUAACACACAUACGCACACCAUGCAGGCUACUGAAGAAUUGACUUUAUUGCCAAAAGCAGAUGUACAUAACAGAGGAAUCCUCUGUAAGCAGAUAGAGCCUUAAGGGGCCAGUGUAGCGUUUGAAGAUAUAUUGAAAUACUACUGCUGAUAUAUAGUGUUAUUUCUCACCUAUGCCAAAGCACCACAGAGAUGCACUUUGUUCUAACCAAACAAGUUGAACCCACACUGUUUUUGCAACAUUUAUUAUGUUUGCUCUCGAUUCAGUACAGUUCGGGCUUCAUGUAGGCAGCCUGCAUUAUUUAGAAGAUUGCAUUCAAGACCGUGUGUGUAUGUGUGUUACAAAGUUUUUAACUGCUUCUUGGAGGGUUCUUAUUGUUAUUAGGUCACUUAGAAACAUUUAUGAAUAGUGGCACUGUAGGUAAUCAUGCUGUUUAUUCUGGAGAUUUGUAUUUACUUGCUUUUAUUUAUUCCUCUGAGUUCUGUUGGGUCAACGUGUUGCCUCUCCUGAGUGGAACUGUUACAGCACUGGGCCAAAGUGAAACAGAGACGUGAGGUAGGAGAAACAUAAAUGACAGAUGGUUAGCUGAGAAUGUGUAUGAAAGGUGGAGGUAGAGAGGGAAGAUGAAGGGAUGAGGAGUGAGUUCAGAGGAAGGUUGAUGUUGCUUUGGUUCAUUUGUAGUGAGGAGGAGUCAUGAUGAGAUUAGGAUUUGCACUCACUGUACUGGAGAAGAUGUUAAAACACAAACACACACUCACACACACAUAUAACAGUUAGAUACACUGAAAGCCCAGUGUCACAUUAGUGCUCACGAAGGUCCCACAGGUCUCCCAAGUUCACAGCUCCUGAUCCAAACAACAGACAUCAGACGAGGUUAUAAACUAUAUCAUAUGACAUUAGAGUGACUUGUUAUUGGUAACAAACUAUUAUCUUCCCCUGUGUAACAGUUGAGCUAUGUUUUUGUAUUUUAUUCAGCAGUUGAUUGUACUUUAAUUAUGGUUAUGUGAUUUCUGAGUGGUUGAAAAACUGUGUCUGUGCACACAGGACCAAAGACAAAACAAAGAUCCUCAUACCAGCUGUUAUUUUCUUAAAGGCUUCAUCUGUGUAUUCACACAGUGCUGUCGGACGCCCCAGAAUCCUACAUGUGGUAUAUGAAGUGAAGGGAUUUCAAAAAGUGGUGAAAAGAAUAGUGCAUUUGUUGUUGAUAGAAUCACCCGGUUCAGCUCAUUGAUAAAGAAAGUACAGAGAUUAAGACUGUAAGACUGUAAGCCGUAUGACCAAAACAAAACCAGAUCUGUUGUUCUGAUUUUCUGCUUGCUUUUCAUUGACUUUAACUAGCAAAAAAACAACAAUAAUAAUAACAAAAGUUGUCUGUUUUGGAUAAUAAGUGUAACGUAAGCUGGCACUGACUGUUUUGACCUGGAAAAAGGAGUGUUAAAGCAGAAAUCAAGGACAAGACUACAGACAGGGAAGCCAGACAAGGGCACAAAGGAAAAUGUGGAGGAAGGAAAACUGCAGUCUCAUUCCAUGAUUCCUUUCAGCAGUACUGUAAUCAUGAUCACUUCCUGAUAUGCAUUCUCAUCAUUGUUACCACACACACACCCCUUUGACCCUAAUGAAACCUCAAUGAGAAAUUAUGCAAAUAAUGCUUCCAUUAUUCAUUUAGAUGUCACAAGUUGUUAAAUUAUGUCUGUGUUUGUGCAUUGCUGCCAUGUCUGUUUCUUAGAAAUUGUAAAUAAAUGUAACCUUGAAGGAAAACAAAUUGUAGAAAAAGCAUAAAUUAGCUCCCCUGUUUGUGUUUAUUUUGCUUGUCAGCUACACACAUCUUCAUAACGCCCUCAUUUGUGAUAGCAUGAUCACCUCCUCCUUCUUCACAGUCCAUAUUUUGUUGUGUAUUUCAUUUGAUUUCUUUCGAACGGGCCGCAGAGAUUUAUGUUACCGUCUUCCACCAAGCUAGUGUAAUUAUGUACUAUGCAUUUGAACAUUACCAUGAGAGAGACAGGGCUUGUCUGUAACAAUGUCUAUACAUGAAUGAAAUGAAUAGUUAUGCAAAUAUUGUAAGUGUGGCUUAUGUUUUGGUGUCUAUUUUGCAGUGUAAACCCUGGUGUGUACUGUGGCUAACAAGCGACGUAAUGGGAUAGAUUUAAGGAGAGCAUCUCAUAUCGGGAUUUUAAAAACACACAACAUCUCAUUGUGGAAAUGACAACAGGCACUUCUUGCUGAUUUCCCCCCAGAUGCUUUUCCUCAUUACUUUUAUAAAGAAAAUACCAAGGUGUUUGGAAAAGAGUGUAUUUAUAGAGUGGUGCCUUCUCCGUCAGUCUGCAUAAGGGCUCCUGAAUCUGCAAACACAAUCCCAGAUGUUUUGGUCAAAAUGUUUUUCAUGGAGGACUGAAUAUGACAGAAAUGGCCUAAUCAAAGUGUUGUGACGUUGCCAUAAGGUUCUGUUUUUUUUUGUGUCCACAUCCAUCACAGCAAUAGGAUUCAAACCCUCUACCAACUCAGAAAGGACACUUCUAUUUUUGCCAUUAUGUCUCUCUAUAAACAAUGGAUAUGCAAGAAUUAUACUGUGUAUUUGGCUUUUGAUUUUUAUUGUGUAAGAGGCUCUUUAAUGAUGUAUACUUCAGGAAAUUUGGUACGUUUGUUUUUUAAUCCUUCAAUUUUUUAAUAAAUUGGGAAAAUAAAA